AUGUUUGCUUCAGCAGCUCAGUUUGUGGUGGUCAUCCUGCUGUAUUUUAUACUAUUUAGAACUCACUCUAAUGUUAAAAACUUCCCUCCAGGUCCAUGGCCACCGCCUCUGUUUGGAAACCUGCUGGAGCUUAGCAUGGACAAUCCUUUAUCUGAUCUACAAAGGCUGGCCAAACGCUAUGGGAGCAUCUACAGUCUCUAUUUGGGGUCAAGGCCUACAGUGGUCUUGAAUGGUCUUCAGGCUAUAAAGGAAGCUCUGGUUAACAAAUCAGAUGACUUCUCUGGUAGACCACAAGAUCUCAUGGUCAAUCAUGCUAUCAUUGUCAAAGGUACUAUUUAUGACUCAUUCCCAAUGUUACGGGGUUUACCAUUACCCUUUAGGAAAGCAUUUUCUCUGUUUAAGGAUGCACAUGAACGAAGAAUGAAAGUUUUGGCUGAAAACAAAAAUACAAGAAUUCCAGGCAAACCUAGACAUUUUAUUGACUGCUACCUAGAGGAAAUAGAGAAGAGGGGUGAGACGAGCUCGUCUUUCACUGAGGACCAGCUCUCUGCGUUUCUCCUGGAUCUGCACUUCGCUGGAACUGACACAACAGCCAACACACUGCUCUGCGCCUUCCUCUACCUCAUGAACUACCCACAAGUGCAAGAGGAUUGUCAAUGAGAGAUUGAUCAAGUUCUGGAGGGAAAGGUUCAUGUUACCUUUGAAGACAGGCACCUGAUGCCCUACACACAGGCUGUCAUCCAUGAGAUUCAGCAUGUUUCUGACACUGCCCCUCUUGCUAUUUUUCAUCAAGCAACUAAAGACACAGACCUGAUGGGAUUCUUUAUACCGAAGGGCACUAUGGUCAUCCCUAACCUGUCAUCUGUGCUAUGUGAGGAGGGUCAGUGGAAGUUUCCUCAUGGUUUUCAUCCUGAGAACUUCCUCAGUGAUCAGGGAGAGUUUGUGAAACCAGAGACCUUCAUGCCCUUCUCUGCAGGUCCUCGGAUGUGUCUGGGGGAGAGUUUGGCUCGGAUGGAGCUUUUUCACAUAACAGUGACACUGCUCAGAAAGUUUAAGUUCAUCUGGCCCGAGGCCGCAGGAGAGCCUGCCUACACAAAGUUGUUCGGAACCACCCAAACCCCGAAGCCCUACCGCAUGAAGCUGCAGCUCCGGGAAACCCACUGAGGAACCCCAGGCCAGACUGGGACCAAAAAACAGCCCUGGACCCCCACAAA